AUGUACAUAAACAAACGUGGAAUCGAUGGCGAUUUCGACAAGGGGCUCGUUACCCGCUACGGAGCUCUUGAACUUAGCCCUUCGGCAGGAGUCCUCAACUACGGCCAGGCAAGGAUAAAAGCUUACAGGACGGAAGACGACCGACUGCUUCUGUUUCGUCCGGACCAGAACGCACUGCGAAUGAAGAUGGGCGCCGAGAGGAUCUGCAUGCCUUCCCCUUCCGUCGAAACGUUUGUGGAUGCGGUUAAGGAAACUGCUCUUGCGAACAAGCGAUGGGUUCCUCCGCCUGGGAAAGGGUCACUAUACAUAAGGCCGUUGCUAAUGGGUACUGGGGCCGUGCUGGGUUUCGCUCCCGCUCCUGACUACACUUUUCUCGUCUAUUGCUCCCCAGUUGGCAACUACUUCAAGGGAACUUUUGCAUCCUUGGAUUUGACAAUUGAGGACGAACUCCAUCGUGCAACCCCUGGAGGAGCUGGAGGUGUUAAAUCCAUCACCAAUUAUGCCCCGGUUCUGAAAGGAAUAUCGAAGGCAAAGCACGAGGGAUACUCUGAAGUUCUAUACCUCGAUUCGGUUCAUAAGAAAUACAUAGAAGAAGUAUCUUGUUGCAAUAUUUUCGUCAUCAAGGGAAACGUCAUCUCGACUCCAGCAGCAAGUGGGACUAUUCUCGAAGGAAUCACCAGGAAAAGUAUUAUGGAGAUCGCUUCAGAUCAAGGUUACCAGGUUGAAGAGCGAGCGAUUGCGGUGGACGAACUGGAGGACGCCGGCGAAGUUUUCUGUACCGGAACCGCAGUAGGAGUGGCUCCGGUGGGAACAAUAACAUACCAAGGCAAAAGGAUGGAGUUCAAGGUGGGAGCUUCAACCGUGGGCCGGGAAUUAUACACUAUCCUAGAAGGGAUCCAAACGGGGAAUACCAAGGAUGAUAAAGGCUGGAUCGUUGAGGUCCAAUAA